UCCUUUGGUCUCGCUUUUGCUCUUAAUCCGAACAAACCCUCCCCUCUCCACAGAAAGAGUGGGGAGGAGUGAUGGCAUCGAUCUCAGCUGCUUCUUCCUCCUCUUCCUCUCUGCUGCAUGUUUCCGCACUCGCCUUCGCUUUCCCCUUAAGAAGACCUCCUCCGACCUCCCUCGCCAUUCCUGUGAUCCGAAGGCCUCCGGUACCCUCCCGGUCCCGUCCAAGAACCCUCAAAUGCUUCUCCCAGAAGCAAUCGGUGCAAGAAUUCAAGAGGCUUUUCUCGAACCUCAAUCAGGUCACGAUGAAGAGGGUCCCGUCCAAGAACCCUCAAAUGCUUCUCUCAGGUAGCGUCACCAGCGGAAUCCUUCUAGUGGCUGGCACCACGGUUGGUGCAGGUAUCCUUGAAAUUCCUGCAGUUACUCAAGAAGCAGGAUUUUUGGCCUCUGCAAUAACAUGCAUUCUCUGCUUGAUACCGGACGGUAUUUUCUGGUCCUACAUAUUUAUACAUUAUGCACUCCUUGUUGCAUAUGUGGCUCACUCUUCAGAGAUUUUGACAAAUACCUUCAGCAUUCCACUCCAGCGAGUUAUAGGUGCAAUAAAUGGGUUUCUGGUGCUUGGCAUCGUUGUGUCUUUUACAUCUCUUGUGGGAGUCGCAUCUGGAGGUUUGCAGUGGCAAUCUCUUCGUCGGGCCCAUUUUGAGGCAAUCCCACAAAGUAUACCUAUAAUUGCUCUUUCUUUUGUUUAUCAGAAUGUAGUUCCAGUUCUUUGUACAAACCUUGAAGGUGACCUGUCAAAAGUAAGGACUGCAGUUGUUCUUGGCACAGCUAUUCCCCUUGUUCUGUUUCUUAUUUGGGAUGCUGUAAUUCUUGGGACCAUUCCAAAUCUAGAUACAACUGGUGCCCUCACCGACCCACUGCAGCAGCUACAUUAUGAAAAUGGAAUAGUUGGGCCGAUUGUUGAGGUGUUCUCAUUUUUUGCAAUAGCGACAUCGUACAUUGGAUUUGUUCUUGGACUUUCUGACUUUGUUUCCGACUUGCUUAAACUACCUAGUGGCCAGAGUAAACCCUUGCCAUACUUGCUAACACCACUGGUGCUGUCAUUGCUUGAUCCAGAGAUAUUUUUUAAAGCUUUGGACUUCGCAGGAACAUAUGGAGUUCUGGUGCUCUUUGGAGUGCUUCCUGCUGCAAUGUCUUGGUCGGAGAGAUACUCAAAGUCAUCUCUAACCCCAAUUACUCCCCCGCUGGUACCUGGAGGCAGGUCUACACUAAUCAUUGUCACUGGUGGUGCCUUAUUUGUUAUCUUCUCAGAGAUUCUAAAGGCUGUUAUGCACCAGUAGUCACCUGCACCAGCAGUAGAGCAAAUCUGAACUCACUUCAUAGGUUUCACUUGGGUCCUAUGAAAAACCCUCAUUAUGUAUAGAGAAUUUAAUGAGUCUGAUAAAAUAACAACUGAGAUACAGUCUGCUUUCUCUUCAACUGCAUGGAUGUAGCUAUUUGGAAAGUGGUAACAAUUCUCAGAAACAAGCUUCAUUAUAUUCUCCUUGUUCUUGUUCAAAA